AAAUAUGCAAUUAUUACUUUUAAGAACUGUAUUCCCUAAUAAACCGCAUGGAGUAUAUACCCAUAGUCAUAUAAAUUACUUAAUUUAUAUAUCUAUGUAUAAACCACACGUUACUCUUUAGGAGUACUUAGUAUUUUAGAGUGUCAUGGAGGUAAAAGAAAAAGAAACAGAAUCAAACUUUGUGUUUUCAAACUCAGUUAUAAGUGGGAAAUGGAUUGGGUAUACUAUUAUAAUGACUUCUGUGUCUUUUGGAAAUGUUAGUCAACUAACUACUGAUCUCUUAUUGGAGCAUCUUGAUAUUGUGUUGUUGGGAUUUAUUAUUGAUGAUGCUGUACUUCCUGUCACUGGUCCUCAACCUUUUUCAGAUGAUUCUCAUAAGUUGUGUGCAAGUCUUGAAGUGUUUGAAUGCAGAGAACACAGUUUAAUCAUUGUUCAACAACGAGCUCCUUUUAUAAAGGGUCGUAUUACAGCGUUCUGUAAAAAACUAUUUUCAUGGAUAGACAAAAGUUGUUUUAGCAAAGUUGUGAUGUAUGCUGGUCUUAGCUCCCAUAUUAGAAAUGAUUGUGAUUUGCAGAGAGACUCUUUUCGUUUCCUUACUACUGAUUUAGAGUUAAAGAAAAAAAUGGUGGAUGGCUUGUGCUGGGAGGAAUACAGUCAUAAAAAAACAGAUGGUUCAAUUACUUUACCUGGCUCUGGGAUUAUAAAACUAGUAUACGAGGAAUGCAAUAAAAGGUUGUUGCAAUUUACUGCACUGUUAGUCUAUUGCAUACCUGGUUAUGAGUUUGAUGAUGUUAUCUUGCUUUUGAGUCGUUUGCAAAUAUUACUCGACAUGAAGUUUGCUAUUAAAUCGAAACCUCCGAGUUGGAAUAAUUAUGCAAAUGAGAAUAUAUUUUAAAGUUCAUUAUCAGAUGACUUCGCGCUGUUUAUGAAAGUUUAUGAAAAUAAUGAUUUGCCAGGUUUGCGUAAUCUUAAGAAUAUUAUGUGUUUGAAAUUAGCUUAAACUUAAAAUUAUCGUGUAGCUGGGUAUCGCCAAGAUUUUUGUGUUUUGCUUUCUAUCAGCAAUUGCAGACCAGUUGACAAGAUAAAUUAAACAAAUUUCAAAAAAACAAAGUUUCUGUUUUGUCUAAACUAAAGAUUUAAAGGAUGAUAUCAAUGAAAACUUUAUAGGAAAUGAAAAGAAUAGAUAGUAGAUACAAUAAUGUAUGUAGAAAAUAAAGACAGUAUUUUUGUGUUUGUGCAUCAAAUAUAUCAUACCAAAAUGUCUUCA